UCUGCAGAUACUACAUAGCAAGUGUGGAUCGUGCAGUUUGUGUAACAUGAAACUAGUGUUUUUAAAUUUGGUUUUGAUCUCUUUGAUCGGUCCAAUUGUGAGUUCUCUACCUACACAAGGUCCUAGCUCACACUCCGGAGCCGUAUUACCUGAAGAGCCAUCAUCUGCGACAGCCCAAGAUGACAAAAAGGACAAACCAAAACAAUGGCUACCAAACCCUACUCCUGGAAGCUUAGGAUUAGGUUUAUCGGAACCUUACAAAAGAGAAUUUGAAGAGCUUGAAAACUAUUUGAAAAAAACUGAAGGAUUGUCAGCUGUUAUUUCAGCGUUACCUUCAUUGGAGCAAUUCCUUGCCUCUGUUGACCCGAAUAGAAACAAAAUUCCAUCCCCGGCCGUAUUACCUGAAGAGCCAUCAUCUGCGACAGCCCAAGAUGAUAAAAAGGACAAACCAACCGUAUUACCUGAAGAGCCAUCAUCUGCAACAGCCCAAGAUGAUAAAAAGGACAAACCAACCAAAUCAGAUGAAGAACUACUGGCGGAAACUCGGUCAAAGCUUGCUAGAUCAUGCUGGAACACAAUUGGAAUCCGGUCGUGUCUGCACCGGAUAAAAGCUUGGUGGAAAAAGAUGAAAAACUAG